CUAGUGACUAGUGAGUAAGUAACACAUGGCGUUUCUGAUCAUAUCCACCGUUAGAUCCCACCUCGACAAUAAGAUUAUACCAAAACUUAUUGUAGUACCACAAUUAUAAGUUAAAGGGAUACCAACUUGAAUAGUUUUUACAUAUUUCAUUGGUCGUUACAAUUUACCAUGCCAAUGCACAGAUUUUAUUACUUUUUUUAUUAGAAAACUGUUGAAAAUGAGAGUGGAUGUAGACAAAAGAUUCCUUCUCGUGUCUCUCUCGAGAUCGACUAUAAUUAUCCCCUUUUAGUUUCUCCUUUCUUUGUAUGAGCGCUCUUCACUCUUAGCAACCACGAGCACAAGAAAAUAUGAGCGACCCUAGCGGCCAAUCUUCAACAACGACUGUCGGUGGAAUUGCCGGCGGUAGCGGUUGUAACGGAGGAGGUGGUGGAAGUGGCAGUGGAAGCGGCGGCUCCUUUGGGAAUCAGCCGAGGAGAUCAAAGGUGAGGAAGCAAGUGUGGGCUGGAGUACUCGGCAUCUCAUCCGACUCCACCAACAAUUAAUAGUUUCUUCUUUCUUUCUCUUUUCACCUAAGAAAUCAUGUGUAGUGAAAAAUGGUGGUGGUAAUUACUAUGCUUGAUCAUCGUUUCAUGUUAACUGUGUCUAAAUAACAAGCAAGAAAUAUAUUAGACCACCACCAUCGUCAUUGUUAUGAGAUUAUAUGAAGUAUAUAUAUUUUUACCUUCUGUAAUCCGAAAACCCCCCUCAAAAAGUGAUAGUAUUUUAUUUUUGGUCUAGAAACAAUUAGGGUUUCUCCUUCGAAUCGAUGUAUAUAGCAAAUAUCAUUAGCAAUAUGAAUGUUAGUCAAGUAGGUGAGAUCGCUUACAAAUAAUGUUAAAAGUAAAAUCUUAUGACAAAUUGACGCUAAAGUAUCGUCUGAAA